CCGUGCACCACAACUUCUGAGCCUGCGCUCUAGAGCCCACGAGCCACAGCUACUGAACCCAUAAGCCAUAACUACUGAAGCCUGCGUGCCUAGAGCCUGUGCUCUGCAACAAGAGAAGCCACCGCAAUGAGAAGAACACGCACCACAAUGAAGAGCAGCCUCCGCUCGCCGCAACUAGAGAAAGCCCGUGCGCAGCAACGAAGACCCAAUGUAGCCAAAAAUUAAUUAAUUUUAAAAUAGAUUUUAUGAUAAGGAAUUGCCUCUACACAACCUGACAAUUUCUGUCAUUCAUUCAACAAAUAUUUAUAGAGCACCUAUUAUAUACCAAGUACUGUACUAAGUGCUUAGGUUACAAAAUUAACAUGAAACAGAAAAGACACAAUCCUCUCAACCUAAAGAAAUUUAAAGAACUGCAACACGAGCAUGCAGGGCACAAUUAGAAUGUAUGGUGGGAGUUCUGAUUUGGUCUUUGGAAUUGGGGUGUAUUAAGCUACAUUGGUCAUUACAACGAUACACAAAUUGGGAGAGUAAUGGAGAAGUUACUAUAUGAUAAUGGAGGAAUUAUCUAUAAAAUCUUUGCACAAUAUCCUUCUCCGAGUCAAACCUGAGACAGAGAAUGGUCUGCUUCAAGAUAUUAUUUCAAGACAAAUGGCAUGAGGGUAAUAAAACAUCAUUAAAUUCUGCAACUCCCAAUGAUCUCUUUCUCUCUACGUUUCCCUGGAACUUGAAGAGACCACAAUGGCAAGGCAGAAAGGAGAUGUUCCUGAGGCUGGUACUUUCGUGGGAAUUAUACAGCAAAGGAAUAGUCAUGAGUCAGGGAAGAUGCAAGACACCCCUGCAUGGUGUGGGACAUUCAUUUUUAAAGAGGUGUUCCUGGUAGUAGUGGUCAAAGCAGGGAAGGGAGGGUGUUAUUGAGGAGAUCUUGGUCUAGAAAACGCUAGAUAUAACAUAAGACUUCAUGAGUGAAUGAGUUUCAAAUGUAUGGCACAUUCCUGUUUUGUCAUUGUUUGAACAUUAUUCUUGCUUCUUUCCAGGCAACUUCCACAAGUUAUAUGGAAGCAGGGAACCAAACAGCUAUUUCAAAAUUCAUCCUUCUGAGCCUUUCGGAAGAUAGGGACCUGCUGCCCCUCCUCUUUGGGCUGUUCCUAUCCAUGUACCUGGUCUGUGUUAUAGGGAACCUCCUCACCAUCCUGGCCAUCAUCUCAGACUCCCACCUCUACUCUCCCAUGUACUUCUUCCUCUCCAACCUGUCCUUCACUGACAUCUGUUUCGGCACCACAGUCCCCAAAAUGUUAGUGAACAUCCAGAUGCAGAACAAAGGCAUCACGUAUGAAGGCUGCCUUACCCAGAUGUAUUUCUGCAUGAUCUUUGCUGGGCUAGAUAAUUUGCUACUGACAGUGAUGGCCUAUGACCGGUUCGUGGCCAUCUGUCACCCCCUAUACUACAUGGUCAUCAGGAACCCUCGCCUUUGUGGUCUCCUGCUUUUGCUUUCUUGGUUGAUCUGCCUGACAUAUUCUUUGUUGCAAAGCUUGGUUUUGAGGGUGUCCUUCUGCAAAGAGACAGAAAUCCCCCACUUUUUCUGUGAACUUGCUCAGAUUCUCAAGCUCACCUGCUCUGACGCCCUUGUUAAAGACAUCCUGCUGUAUUUUGUUACUGGCCUGCUGGGUGUUAUUCCCCUGACUGGGAUCCUUUUCUCUUAUUCUAUCUCCUCCAUAAUGGGCAUUUCAUCUACUGGUGGGAAGUAUAAAAUCUUUUCCACCUGUGGGUCUCACCUCUCAGUCAUCUCCUUGUUCUGUGGUGCAGGCCUUGGGGUCUCCCUCACUUCUGGAACAGCCCAUCCCUCCAGAAAGGGUUCAGUAGCCUCGGUGAUGUACACGGUAGUCACCCCCAUGCUGAAUCCCUUCAUCUACAGUCUGACACUGAAGGGGGCUCUGAGGAGACUUUUCACUAGAGGAACAUACUCUCAGUGAGACAGAAAGUUAAGGGCAGGCAACAGAGAUCCCAAGUGCUGAUAACUGGUGUUCCUGAAUAUGUUACCUGAAGACAUAGAAAAGAAAUACCAUUUAUGAUAUACUAGAAGAAAACAUUCCUGAGUCAAAGACAAACUUGAAGUGGCACACCAGAAUGUUCACCGUCCACCAAGAAAGAAUGGCCAACUCUAUAUAGGAAAAAAAUCUAAAAAAGAGUGGAUAUAUGUAUAACUAAUUCACUUUGCUGUACACCUGAAACCAA